GGCUGUUCUUGCAACUCCGCUCUCCAACCCCCGGUUCGACACUGCAACAUGCUUCUCAUUCAGCUCCUCCACUUAGCUGUAAAAAUGCAUUAAUCAGAACUGCCUGGCAUCUUCCUGAGCAAGACUUUCAGUAGGACCGAGUAUGCUUCAUUUCAUCCAGAAGUUUUCUCAAGCAUCUUCAAAGAUGCUGAAGUACCCUUUCCCAGUCCGAGUAGGAGCCAGCAGAAUAGAAACACUUUCUCUCAAGACAUGUCACCAGCAGAACUUUCCCCCUUUGUUUCCAAGGCCUUGGUUUUUCUCUUCAUUACUAGUGUACAUGAGGAAGACACAAUACUAUCAUACUUCCCCAUGCAGCUUUAAGAAGCAGAAGCAAGAAAUACUUCCAGCCAAGCCAGCAAGCACCAUCACUUACCUGCUUGAUAGCCCAAAGCCAGCAUUAUACAUAACUCUGGCAGGACUAAUCCCCUUUGUUGCUCCACCACUGGUCAUGGUGAUGACAAAGGCUUAUAUCCCCUUAUUAGCUUUUACUCAGAUGGCUUAUGGAGCCAGUUUCCUAUCUUUCUUGGGAGGGAUCAGAUGGGGUUUUGCUCUGCCAGAAGGUAGUACAGCCAAACCAGACUUCCUCAAUUUAGCUAAUAGUACAGCUCCUGUUGUGUUUUCAUGGUUUGCUUUCCUUAUUUCUGAAAGACUCAGUGAAGCUAUAGUCACAGUAAUAAUAGGUUUGGGGAUAGCAUUACACAUUGAACUUUUUCUCUUGCCACAUUAUCCCAAUUGGUUCAAAGCCCUUAAGAUAGUAGUCACUUUAGUGGCCUUGUUUUCAUUUAUAAUCACAUUAUUAAAGAUAUUUAUCCAGAGAAAGGACCCAAGAGACCUGGUCAAGUAGAAUAAAUACAAAACUACUCUCUAGGUGAUGUUAGCAUGUUGGCUAUAAGCCUUGGAAGGUUGUAUUUUGGCAUCACUUUUUUAUACUUCUCCUGUUUAACAGCUUUUUUCCUCCAUCAACGUUUAUUUCUUCUUCACAGAUUUUUUUUCAGUUCUUUACUUCAUAGGAAUUACCUGACAAUAGUUUGAAAAUCCCUAACAAGUCAUUUUCACUUUAGAUUACAGUUUUUAGUCUUUAUGAAUUAUACAUUUUAAUGUUUUACUUGUU